AUGGGUGACAAAUAUUAUGGCGGCGCGCCGCCUCAGCAGUACAAUGGAGAACAGCAGUACGGACAGCAGCAGUACGGACAGCAGCAAUACGGACAGCAGCAGUAUGGCCAGCCUCAAUACAAUCAGCAGCAAUACAACCAGGGACAGUGGCAACAACAGCAGCAGCAGCCGCCUCCACCACAGCAGAAUAACGGAGGCUACGAUCAUGGCGGCUACAACUACGGACCACCUCCAGCCUACAGCUACAAUCCGCCUCAAGCAAAUGAUGAAAAGUACGGCUUUGAUCAAGCUUUCAAGAUCGAAAAACCCAAGUACAACGACUUGUGGGCCGGUAUCCUCCUUCUUCUUGUAUUCGCCGGUUACGUCGCCGUCUCCGUCAUUGCCCUGCGCGGCUACACUACUGGCCGACCCGGCAACGGCAUCUAUGAUGACAAUACCUUCUCAAUCAACUCCAACACCCUGAUCCUCUUCGCCUGCGCUCUCGGUUCUGCAUUUGUUCUCUCGAUUGCCUAUCUCGGCCUUGCGCGCACAUUUCCCAAGGCCUUUAUCUGGGUGACUGGCAUUCUCAACUUGGUCUUUGCCUUUGGUACAGCUAUUUACUAUCUGUACAAGAAGUACUGGUCCGCUGGCAUCGUUUUUCUCAUCUUUGCCGUCUUUACCGCCUUUGCUUUUUGGACGUGGAUUCCUCGAAUCCCCUUUUCGGCUCUCAUGCUUCGCACCAGCAUCGACGUCAGCAAGAGGUAUGGUCAUGUGUACAUUGUCAGCCUCGUUGGCGGCCUUUUAGCUACUGCUCUCGCCGCCUGGUUUUCUGCCACCAUGGUUGGUGUCUAUGUUCGUUGGCAACCCUCGCCGAAUAAUCCUCACUGCGGCCCCGACGGUAGCAACUGUGGUAAGGGCACUGUCAUUGGCUUGAUUGUCUUCAUCACCUUCGCCAUGUAUUGGAUCACCGAGUGGCUCAAAAAUACCAUUCAUACAAUCAUUUGCGGCGUCUACGGCGCUUGGUACUUUGCUGUCCACAACUUCCCCAAGGACGCCACGCGCAGCUCUGCGAAGCGUGCUCUCACCUACAGCUUUGGUUCUAUUGCAUUCGGCAGUCUGAUUAUUGCCAUCAUUCAAUUCCUCCGCCAAUUGUGCUCCGUCGCUAGGCAGCAGUCUGCCCAAGACGGCGGCGUUGGUGGCAUGGUCGGCAUGGCCUUCUUCUGUAUCCUCGAGUGCCUUAUCGGCAUUAUAGAGUGGGCGGUGGAAUUCGUCAACAGAUAUGCUUACGCUCAUAUCGCCUUGUACGGAAAGAAGUAUAUCGCGGCAGCCAAGGACACAUGGAAGAUGAUCAAGGAUCGUGGCAUUGAUGCCCUCGUCAACGAAUGUCUCAUUGGUCCCGUCUUAUCUUUUGGCGCUCUGUUUGUCGGUUAUGCUUGCGCUCUGCUGGCAUACAUUUACCUCCAAGUCACCAACCCAGCCUACAACAGGGGAGGAGGCUAUACGCCCGUGGUCUUGGCCUUUUCUUUCCUCAUUGGCUUUCAAAUUGCCAACAUUUUCACGACGCCCAUCUCCAGUGGUAUCGAGACCAUCUUUGUUGCUGCCGGCUGGGAUCCGCAGGUCAUGGUCCGCGACCACCCUGAGCUGUAUCAGGAGAUGGUCCGUCUGUACCCUCGCGUCCAGGAGGUCAUCUACGACCGGUAG